AUGGUACUAAAUUCAGAUUUGUUGGGAUUGGAGGAUUUUAAAUGGACCAUGAAGGUUAAGAUACAAUUGGAGUUGAUAGCCAUGAGUUUCAAUAUAAGCCUUUCUUUCCAUUAAAAAUUUCUAUAGAUUGGCGUAUUAAGAUUGACCUAAUAUAGGACUGAAAAUGCAAUGCAUCAAAUCUAUAUGUAUAAGAGGUGGAUGAAUAAAAAAGUGCUGAAUAAAUUAGAUAAGCAAUAUUUUGAGAUAGAUCAACAUUGUCAACCAUCAGCACAUCUGAAUUUUGAGAACGAAUUCUUUCAUGAUGGGAUUUAUAAGAAACUAAGAGAAGCAUAUCGCCACUUCAAUCGUAUAUGUCCCCCAACAUUUUAAUAUGGUCUCACCCAUAAAGACUAAACUUCAUAUGGAUAGAAGUAUGUUGUUCAUUGGUUCACUAGAGCACCAUUAAAAUAAAGUAAUUGGAAGAAAUUUACAUUCCCACAUACUCAGGUAGGACAAGAUGGACUCUAUCACUUAAUAUAAGGAAUUGGUACUAAAAGAUGCUAUAUAUCUUCUAGGAGUUCUUCAGAUUUGAUGACUUCAUUGCAAACAGAUGUUUAUUUGACUGGUUACUCUUUAGCAUAUUAAGUUAUUGCUGAUACUGUUUUAAAAGCAUCCUAUGCAUAUGAACAUAUUGCCGCUCAAAGCAAUUUUACUACUAUGUAGAAUGAACAUCUAAGAACAGAAGCUAUGUAAAGUUUAGGGUGGGCUAAAGGAUUAUUAAAUAUUAAUAAAUCAGAUUAUCAUACCAAUACCAUUGUUAUCAAUAAAAAGUAUUAUGAUUAUUAUCCUUUUAAUAAUGUAUGGAGACAUCCCGAAUCAUUUUAUAGCUUAAAUAAAUAGUGCAUGUUAUAAUGA